AGGACUUUCGGUGGUACCUGAAGAGAGAAGUCCAGUUAUGUCCUUUUGGGGGCUAGUUGUAAGGAUGAAGAGAGUGUCAACAAGAAAGUAGAUUAUGAAAUGUGGCAACUGUGGUGAGAUUUCAGAGAAAUGGCAGUACAUCCGGCUGAUGGACAGUGUGGCCGUGAAGGGUGGGCGUGGCAGCGCCUCCAUGGUCCAGAAGUGCAAACUUUGUGCACGGGAAAACUCCAUUGACAUUUUGAGCAGCACCAUCAAGCCUUACAAUGCUGAAGACAAUGAGAAGUUCAAGACAAUAGUAGAGUUUGAAUGCCGAGGCCUUGAACCAGUUGAUUUCCAGCCACAGGCUGGGUUUGCUGCUGAGGGUGUGGAGUCAGGGACAGUGUUCAGUGACAUUAAUCUGCAGGAGAAGGAUUGGACUGAGUAUGACGAAAAGGCCCAGGAGUCUGUGGGAAUCUAUGAGGUCACCCACCAGUUUGUGAAGUGCUGAACUCUUGCUGCACACUUGCCCUUAAGGAUUGAGAAGGGACAAAGUGCUCCAAGUUGCAGAGCCCACUGAGGCCAGUCCCCUCUUCCCUCAUCUCCUGGUAGCUGUACCAAACCUUCCUGGUCUGCAUGCUAGGCUCUGUUGUAGCUUCCCAAGCCCCACAAAUAAAGCCCCUGUUGGUGCCGCA